AUGUCAUCCCUACAGAAAAGCUUGUUUAAAGAAAAUUCCGGUUUAAGCAAAACGCUGUCAAUGGGAGACAUUUCAGAAGAGGAGAGCCGAGAUUCACUUGGAGAAUUACCGCAAACUCUCUCAAAUACUCGCGAUCGAAACGAUUACUCUCCCAUCCCGUGGGAAGAUUACUUUCCUAUCUCCCUUGAUAUUGGCAUUCCUGGAACAGACGAUGUGUUUCGGACGUACGAGAUUCCGGCGAACAAUCCAAAUUCACCCAUCUUUGUAUUUCAUCAUGGGGCCGGGUAUUCUGGGCUGUCAUUCGCACUAUGCGCCAAGAAAACACACGAACUACUGAACGGAGAUUGCUGUAUGUUCACAUACGAUUGCCGGGGACAUGGUGCAACACAUACCUCUGAUGAGACGACGUGGUCAUUGGAAAGGUUAAGCCAGGAUGUCGUUGACGUUGUAACAAAUUAUUUCGGUGGAAUGGAAGAGCUAAAGUCGAGGGAUAUAUUUCUUAUCGGGCAUAGCAUGGGCGGAUCAGUUGUAGCGGAAGUAGCAUCAAAAUGUUUAUUACCAUCUGUCAUGUGUAUUGCCUUACUAGACGUUGUGGAAGGAUAUGCUGUGGAAGCUCUAGCCGCAAUGGCAUCGUAUCUUAGUACAAGACCAACGGACUUUGAUUCGCUUGAACGAGGUAUAAAAUGGAGCGUCAAGUCUCGUACAAUACGUAACCGCCAAUCAGCCCGCAUAUCAUUCCCAUCAACUUUAAGAGAAGUCGGCCACGAUACAGGCAAGACAAAAUACGUGUUCAGAGCCGAUCUUGCCGCGUCCCAACCAUUUUGGGAAGGUUGGUUUAGUGGAUUAUCUGGAAAGUUUCUAUUAGCAAGAGCAGCCAAACUGUUGAUUCUCGCAGGUACCGAUAGAUUGGAUACACCGCUAACAAUUGCGCAGAUGCAAGGCAAAUAUCAACUAGUCGUAAUGCCCGAGGUUGGUCAUCAGUUGCAAGAAGAUGAUCCCGAGAAGACAGCUCAGACGUUGGUAGAUUUCUGGAAACGUAAUGAAAGAUUGGUAUUGCCGCCAAGAACACUCACAAUCUAG